CAGACAAAGGAGGGUUUGGUGUCUCAUGGGAUUUGUUUCUGUUGUUCCUCGUCCUGUGUGUGGUUUUGGUGUACGUUGCCAAAUUAUGAGGAAGUGAGCUUGCAAACAAAAGGCAGGAAUGUUUUUGUCUUUCAUUAUUCACAUACAGUGUUUUCAAACUGCACUGCUUGGACUACACAUGAGACAUCAGAUGUGGACAUCAGUGAGUCUCAGACCUGCACAUAGACUCGUCCUGGUGGUCUUUGCUUUUUCGUCUAUCCUAUCUGAAGAGCUUUAUGUAUUCCAGGACAUUGAUGAAUGUGAGUAUGGCUCAGAAGAUUUGUCUGACAUGAUCUACAGAGUGAAGCUGGUCUUCAAUCAGAGGCUUUUAUGCACUUAUGACUCAAGACUGGGGAAGUAUGUUGGUUACGAUGAGUAUGGGAUCAUAAAUGCUGAGCAUUUCAACAAUCAGAGCUGGAAGAUGACAGAGCGGAAAGCCGAACUGGAUUCACUGUGCAGAGCUCAUGCCAGAUAUUACAUCAACAGCACAAGAAGAAAGGUGCCACCUGAUGUUACCGUACGGUCCAAUGAGAAGGCUCGCUAUGGUCAGCUGACCACACUGGAAUGCCAUGUGUACAAUUUCUAUCCCAGGUCCAUUAAUGUCACAUGGCUAAUAGACGGAUCAAAGGUCAAUGAAGAUGUGACCUCUACAGAGUUCAUGGAUAAUGGGGACUGGAGUUACCAAAUCCAUUCAUACCUGGAGUUGGUGCUUCAAAGAGGGGUAAGAGUGAGCUGUCAGGUGCAACACAGCAGUCUAAAGGAACCUCUCGUUGUGAACUGGGACUCCACAUCUCUAGACAGCAGAAUCAUAAAGUUAACUGUGGGCUGCACUUUGUUCAUCGUUGGUCUUAUUGUGACUUUUUCUUCUGUAUAUUACUACUACAAAAGAAAACACAGAGGUACACAUCUGCCAAUACUGAUCCUGAAGUAAUGCGAAAAUUGUGAUAAACUUAAUAAUUGUUAUUUUGCUUUCUUUCUCCCCCCAGGUUUUACAUCUCUUCCUCUCCAAU